AUGGCCUGCUUUUCAGGUUGGAUGCCACCUGAGGGCACCUUUCACCUUGACACGAUUCUUGCUGUUAAGACUAAGACUCUCCAAGUGGAGGGGGGCCAUCCUGAUCAGGUACCUUAUGUCCUAACCUGGGAGGAUAUUGUUCGCCAUCCACCCCCCUGGGUGCGCCCCUUUGUUCUCCCCACAGAGACUCCGUUGACAACUGUUUGUGCUGUUAAGGAAGAGGAGAAAAAGAAAGUGCUCACUUCUCCAGAAGCAGACCUCCUCCUUUUUGACCUUCCGCCCCCUUAUCCACCAGCCAUGGCCCCUACCCCUGCCAGUUCCCUGGCCGGUUCUCCUGCCAGACCUCUGACCGUUUCCCCUGUCAGUUUCCUGGAGGCUGUCAGUUCUCCCUCAGGGCCUAAGGUGGGACUAGCAUGCAACUUUCCUAGUCCCCUCUCACGUCCCUCAGCAGGAGCUGUCGGUCCCUCAGUGCUGCCACCGCAGACACCAUCGGCGCCGCAGACACUGCCAGAGGUUCCGCUGCACUCACCAGCUGACCCUGCUCAGAAUGAAAGGGGCCCAGCAGCUGGAACGCAAAGCCGCAGAGCAACCCAGCUGGACUCGGUGGCUCUCCCUUUGCGAGCCUAUGGAUUUCCAGAGGGGGAUGGGCAAUACCCCCUUCAGUACUGGCCUUUUUCCACAGCUGAUCUCUACAAUUGGAAGGCUCACAAUCCCCCUUUUUCUGAGAACCCCCAAGCCUUGACUGACUUGUUUGAAUCUGUCCUUUUCUCUCACCAGCCCACUUGGGAUGAUUGCCAACAGCUUUUACAGACACUCCUGACUACCAAGGAGAGGGGACGAGUUCUUUUAGAAGCAAGGAAGAAUGUCCCGGGGGCAGAUGGGAGGCCUACAGUUCUCCCCAACGAGAUUAAUAAUGGGUUUCCUCUCUCUCGUCCUGAUUGGGAUUACAAUACACCAGAGGGUAGGCAGCACUUGAAGGUUUACCGCCAGACUCUAAUGGCGGGUCUCCGUGGGGCUGCUUGAAGACCCACCAAUUUGACUAAGGUAAGAGAAGUGGUCCAGGGGCCAGAGGAAUCUCCUGCAGCCUACUUAGAAUGGCUGAUGGAUGCAUUCCGCUGGUUUACUCCCUAUGACCCUACUUCAGAUGAGCACAGGGCAACAGUAGCUGUAUCUUUCAUAGAUCAGUCAGCUAGGGAUAUUUGUAGAAAACUUCAGAAAUUAGAAGGUCUGCAGGAUAAGUGGUUGAAGGAUUUAGUGCAAGUAGCAAAAAAAGUCUUCUAUAGUCGAGAAACAGAAAAAGAAAAAAAAAGGAAACAGAAAAAACAGGAGAUAAGAGAGAGAGAGAGAGACAAGAGGCAGGAUAAAAAAUUGACUAAAAUUCUGGCCACCGUAGUUCAGGAAAGUCAUACUGAAAGGGAGAGAGUUCCUGGCAACCGUAAGGGCCCUUUGUCUAAGGACCAGUGUGCCUACUGCAAGGAGACAGGACACUGGAGGAGGGAUUGCCCCAAAAGGAAGAAGAAGCAGCUGAAUUCUUGAGCCACAGGGACCAGGGUCCUGACCUUAAACAAUGACAGCAAUUAGGGAGGAUGGGGUUCGGUUCCCCUCCCCGAACCCAGGGUAACCCUCAAGGUGGAGGGGAAGCCAGUCCAUUUUCUAGUGGAUACUGGCGCUCAGCAUUCAGUUCUGUUGCAAGAUUCAGGGGCUAAAAAAGAAAAAAAAUCAUGGGUUCAAGGCGCCACUGGAUGUAAGCAAUAUACAUGGACUACCCAAAAAACAGUGGACCUUGGUGUGGGCCGGGUAUCCCACUCGUUCUUAGUCAUGCCUGACUACCCAUACCCAUUGCUGGGAUGGGAUAUCCUGACCAAAAUAGGAGCCCAUAUCUAUUUUAACCCAGAAGGCCCACAGGUUACAGAUAAAAGAGGGGAUCCUAUUCACGUGCUUACAAUUCACUUGGAAGAAAAAUACCGGCUGAGUUUUGAAAAGGUGUCAAUCUGCUUGGAAUACUCCAUUACUGCCGGUCCAGAAGCCUGGGAGCAACGAUUAUCGGCCUGUGCAAGACCUGAGGGAAGUUAA